AUGAUGGAGUCGAAAAAUGGCCUCGAAGAUCAAAAGCCGUGUUCGAUAUUCCACGGCGUUGAAUCUUGCAUCGGUAGAAUCCUCGCUCGGGAGGCUUCGGUUGGCCAAUCUUCUCGUAUUUUCUACCGUUCGCCUGAAUUAGGAGUUCCUUUCAAAUGGGAGUCGAAUCCCGGCACGCCCAUCGACCCUCCAUUAGAAGAUCGAAUUUUCCCACUAAGCCCUUCACCUAUGAUGCAGAGCUCGGGGCUCCCUUUGCCGAGCUUGCCCGAUCAACAAAACCGAGCAAAAGAUUCGGCCAAUAGUUGGAGUUUAAGAAAAAUGGCGAAAACGAAAUUCAUUAGGGAUGUAAUUAAUAAGAAGAUGGGCUCACUAGGCAAAUCGAGUACUACUACUCGUCGUAAGAAAAAGCGAAUGAGCUCGGUUUUUGUGCGUUCGAGCUUUUCCUCAAGUUCUUCUCUCUCGACUUUUUCGUCGAAUAGUCGUGUUUUAGAUUCUUCGUCGGCUAUUGAUGACGAUGGCCCAUUUGGUUGCGACUCGUUGGACGAUAGGAUCUUUUCGAGGGCCUCAGCAUUAGAAAAGUUUUCGGGUCCCUUGGAAAAUGGACAAACUCCGGCGAGUGUCCCGUUCGGAUGGGAAUUGCAACCGGGAACACCAAAAAACCCGCCAGAAAAUGAGCUCAUACCGCCUCCGAGCCCUCCACCGGCUAUGCAGAGCCUCUCCCUGCCACGGCCGAAGCUUCUAGAAGACGAGGAGAAGGAUAAGAACCGGUCGACUUGGAAAAGGGCUCGACUUUGGAGGAGAAAAAAGAAUGAAACUAAUGAAAAUGCGAAGAAUGUAGAGUACUCGGAGGCUUCUUUCAGACGAUCGUCUUCUUUAUCGUCUUUUUCGUCGGUAUCUUCUAAGCCGAGCUUUAAUGGGAGUUAUUUGAGUUGUUUUAGACCUUGGAGUAUAAGUGAUUAUGUUGGUUUUGCUAGGAGAAAAUUCAAGGCACUCAUGUUCUAA